AUGGAAGACUUCAGAGAUCCCCUCGGCGGAGAGUACGCAACCGUCGUUCUCACCGGCAGCACAGGCUCCAUUGGCUCAUACCUGCUCGACGCCCUCCUAGACCAGUGGCACGUCCGCAAGAUUUACUGCCUCAAUCGCGCCCAAGAUGGUGAAGCUGCUCAGACAAAGGCCAGCGGCUCGCGCGGCCUGGAUACAGACUGGAUCGAGCCCAGAAUCGAGUUUCUGCACGCCGACCUGUCGCAGCCGGAUCUGGGGCUGAAUCCGAUCAAGUACGAUGAGAUGCUUGAGAGGGCGACACACAUUAUUCACUCUCAAUGGCCAGUCAACUUCAACUGGGACCUCUCAACCUUCGAACCGCACAUCCAGGGCGUGCGCCGUCUCCUAGACUUUUCCUACACCAGCCCCAAGAAAGCACAGCUCUUGUUCCUUUCCACCACCGGAAGCGUCAGCCACCUCUCGUCCUCCAAACCCGUCCCCGAGCGCCCAUGUGAGGUCCUCUCGCCGGAUCUCAACGGCUACAACGCCUCAAAGCUCAUCAGCGAGCUCAUCAUCGAGGAUGAGGUCCGGUCAACUGGCGAGGGCAACGCCGCCAUCUGCCGCGUGGGACAAGUUGCGGGACCGGUAGAGAAGGAGGGCGGCGAGUGGAACAGACAGGAAUGGGUUCCAACGGUGAUUACUUCUUCAAAGCGCAUUGGCUUCCUCCCAUCUGACCUCGGAGCCCUGGACAACCUCUCCUGGAUCCCAGUCGACAUCCUCGCCGACGUCAUCCUGGAACUCGCAGGCAUCAUACAGAAGCCAGAAGAUCUGCCAAGCGGCAAGUCAGUCAACGGUGCAAACACCAAGCCAGAGUACAAGAGCCACGCCACCGUCUACCACGCAACCAACCCUCACUCCAUCCGCUGGGCGGAACUCGUGCCCACAGUCGCAGACGCGCUGCACAUCUCAUCAGACAAGAUCGUGCCGUGGGCGGAAUGGGUCAGCGUCCUGCGCUCCUCAGCCGAGGGCAAUGAGGAUCCAGAGGCAAACACCGGCCUCAAGCUGCUCGAUUACUUUGAGUCUCUUGGCGGCGUGGAGGACGGCCAGGGUGUCAUGCCAACUCUGGCAACGGAGCUGACGAAGCGCCAGAGCGAGACUUUGGCGGCGCUGGAUCCGGUGGGACCGGAGUGGAUGAAGUUGUGGUUGAAGCAGUGGGCGUUGUAA